AUGGAAAAUAUUUGUAGUCAAGAUUCAAGACAACGUCAAAGAGAAAGACGGACACAAAAUGCAAGACAUCGAAGACAGCGGAUGAGUGUUGAGCAAAGACAAGAAGAAUUGGCUAGAAGGCGUUCGAAUUAUAGACAAAAUAAUGACAAAGGAAAACAAGUUCAAACAUGUGAUCUUUCUGAUAUGAGAACCAUGAUGCCAUUUCAAGACUUCACAAAUGUCAAUUUUGCUUCUCGGUUUUAUCAACGAGCACAUGACAAUGAAGCUGGACCGAGUACCACAUAUGCCCGUCGCGUUCCAUCCAUGGAUCAAAAUUUUACAUUCCCGAUUUUCCAACAAAAUGAUAACCACGAAACAAGACCAUUUAUAAGAAAUAUUGAUGACAAUGAUUGUGAAUCACAUUCGCAAAAUAUUAAUUCACCUUUUGAAACUCACGAAACACAAACAGUUUUUGAUCAAGAAUCAAGACAUAACAUUGCUAGAAAUUUUCGAAAUACUGUUAUGACAAUAAAAUCCCUACUUCCUACUUCGAGUGAGUGUAGACGAUGCAAUGCAAAAUUGUUUCAUAGAGAUUCUCAAGAUAUGUGUUGCAAAGGUGGAAAGGUGACAAUUUCACAAGUGCCUGCUCCUGACGAGUUGUUACAGUUAUUUUUAGACAGUUCUACUGAAGGCAGACAUUUUAGACAACAUAUUAGAAGUUACAACCAUGUAAUGUCGUUUACUUCACUAGGUGUUCAUGUCGACGAAAGUUUGGUUGCAACUGGUCGUGAUACAAGUAUUGUUCCUCCUCUUAUUUAUGCUGUAAUGGGAAGCUCAAGAGACAUUGCAAUUGGACCUGUAGCUGUAGUGUCUAUGCUGUUAUCUUCCUUGGUCACAAAAGUCAAAGAUCCUGUUGCUAAUCCUCAUGCCUAUAGAGAUUUUGUCUUCACUGUCACCUUCUUUACCGGAAAUUUUCAAGUCGGGUUCGGUAUUUUCAGGUUGGGGUUUCUUGUGGAUUUUCUUUCACAUGCUGCACUAGUUGGAUUCAUGGCCGGAACGACAAUCAUUAUCGGACUUCAACAGCUCAAGGGUCUUCUGGGAAUUACUCAUUUCACCAUAAAAACUGAUGCAGUAUCAGUGUUGGUUUCUGUUUAUAAGUCAUUACAUCAGCAAAUCACUUCUUCUGAAGAAAAAUGGAGUCCUAUGAAUUUCGUCCUCGGGUGUUCUUUCUUGAUUUUCCUUCUAGUCACUCGCUUCAUCGGAAGAAGAAACAAAAAACUUUUCUGGUUGCCUGCGAUUGCUCCUCUUCUAUCGGUUAUUCUAUCGACUUUAAUUGUGUAUUUAUCGAAAGCUGAUAAACAAGGAGUUAAUGUGAUAAAACAUGUCAAAGGAGGAUUGAAUCAGAGUUCAGUUCAUCAGUUACAAUUCCAUGGUCAAAAUGUCGGGCAAGCGGCCAAAAUCAGAUUAGUCUGUGCGGUUAUCGCGCUAACUGAAGCGAUGGCUGUUGGUCGAUCUUUCGCUUCGAUUAAGGGAUACCAACUUGAUGGGAAUAGAGAAAUGUUAUCAAUGGGAAUCAUGAACGUUGCAGGAUCUUUAACUUCAUGCUAUGUCGCAACCGGUUCUUUUUCAAGGACAGCGGUUAAUUUCAGCGCAGGAUGUCAAACAGCGGUAUUGAAUAUUGUGAUGGCAGUUACUGUGAUUUUGUUCCUGCAAUUAUUUGCAAGGCUUUUAUACUACACACCUAUGGCUAUCCUUGCUUCUAUCAUCCUUUCCGCGCUUCCUGGACUAAUUGAUUUAAAUGAGGCUCGCUAUAUCUGGAAGGUUGACAAGUUAGACUUUCUUGCAUGCAUUGGUGCCUUCUUCGGCGUCUUGUUUGCAUCUGUAGAGAUCGGUCUUCUUGUAGCCGUGACAAUCUCGUUUACGAAGAUACUAAUACAAUCGAUUCAACCGGGAGUAGAAAUUCUAGGACGAGUUCUAAGAACGGAAGCCUUUUGUGAUGUUACUCAAUAUCCGAUGGCCAUAAGCACACCAGGCAUUGUAGUGAUUCGCAUAAGUUCCGGCUCACUCUGCUUCGCGAAUGCGAAUUUUGUCAAAGAAAGAAUACUCAAGUGGGUCGUGGAAGAAGACGAGAUUCAAGAAAUUGCUAAAGGAAAUGUUCGAGCCAUAAUUAUGGACAUGACUAACCUGAUGAACGUUGAUACUUCCGGAAUUCUAGCACUCGAGGAAUUGCAUAAGCGGCUGCUUUCACGUGGCGUAGAACUAGCUAUGGUGAAUCCAAGGUGGCUGGUAAUUCACAAGCUGAAGCUUGCUCACUUUGUGGACAAAAUUGGGAAAGAGUGGGUUUUUCUGACGGUUGGAGAGGCCGUCGACGCGUGUCUGUCUUCUAAAAUUGCUACUGCUUAAUGUUGUUUGUGUCUGUUACAACUUUUUAUUACAUAACUGCAUAUCUAAGCACAUAAUUUGUAUGCUGCUCUAAAAGGAUUUUACUGACUACCUUAUUAUAAUGUAUCAGUUUUGGAGAGUGAUGUUUAUAUGAGUAUAUGGUUACUUACAUAUCA